UGUGGCCUGCUAGGAGCGCAUUUGGCUUUUCUUAGGGAUGGCUCUUGCUCACCAGAGCCUCACAAAGAUAAUCGCUCAGGAAGUGUUUCAGCCAAUCCCAGCCGGCCUUACACUCCGAUUUGCCGGGGCAGCCAAUCGGGGAUGAGCUUUUAUUAGGCGGCCAGAUCAUCAAGCCGAAGUGCCAAACCCUUUUUCUGUGAGAACUAGGAGCCUGUCCUCCAUGUUUUAUAAGUAUUGACAUUACACAGUGUUAACAAUGCAUCCACAGAGCUUGGCCGAAGAGGAAAUAAAAACUGAACAGGAGGUGGUAGAGGGCAUGGAUAUCUCUACUCGCUCCAAAGAUCCUGGCUCCACAGAGAGAACAGCCCAGAAAAGAAAGUUCCCCAGCCCUCCGCAUUCUUCCAAUGGCCACUCGCCACAGGACACAUCCACAAGCCCCAUUAAAAAGAAAAAGAAACCCGGCUUACUGAACAAUAACAAUAAGGAGCAGUCAGAACUAAGACAUGGUCCGUUUUACUAUAUGAAGCAGCCACUCACCACAGACCCUGUUGAUGUUGUACCGCAGGAUGGACGGAAUGAUUUCUACUGCUGGGUUUGUCACCGGGAAGGCCAAGUCCUUUGCUGUGAGCUCUGUCCCCGGGUUUAUCACGCUAAGUGUCUGAGACUGACAUCGGAACCAGAGGGGGACUGGUUUUGUCCUGAAUGUGAGAAGAUUACAGUAGCAGAGUGCAUCGAGACUCAGAGUAAGGCCAUGACAAUGCUCACCAUCGAACAGUUAUCCUACCUGCUCAAGUUUGCCAUUCAGAAAAUGAAACAGCCAGGGACAGAUGCAUUCCAGAAGCCUGUUCCAUUGGAACAGCAUCCUGACUAUGCGGAAUACAUCUUCCAUCCUAUGGACCUUUGUACAUUGGAAAAGAAUGCUAAAAAGAAAAUGUAUGGAUGCACAGAAGCUUUCCUGGCCGAUGCAAAGUGGAUUUUGCACAACUGCAUCAUUUAUAAUGGAGGAAAUCACAAAUUGACGCAGAUAGCAAAAGUAGUCAUCAAAAUCUGUGAGCAUGAGAUGAAUGAAAUUGAAGUAUGUCCAGAGUGUUACCUAGCUGCUUGCCAAAAACGAGAUAACUGGUUUUGUGAGCCUUGUAGCAAUCCACAUCCUUUGGUCUGGGCAAAACUGAAGGGGUUUCCAUUCUGGCCUGCAAAAGCUCUGCGGGAUAAAGAUGGGCAGGUUGAUGCUCGUUUCUUUGGACAACAUGACAGGGCCUGGGUUCCAAUAAAUAAUUGCUACCUCAUGUCUAAAGAAAUUCCUUUUUCUGUGAAAAAGACAAAAAGCAUCUUCAACAGUGCAAUGCAGGAGAUGGAGGUGUACGUGGAGAACAUCCGCAGGAAGUUUGGGGUUUUUAAUUACUCUCCCUUCAGGACACCCUACACGCCCAACAGCCAGUACCAAAUGCUGCUCGACCCCAGCAACCCCAGCGCCGGUGCUGCCAAGAUAGACAAGCAGGAGAAGGUCAAGCUCAACUUUGACAUGACGGCGUCCCCCAAGAUCCUGAUGAGCAAGCCCAUGCUGAGUGGGGGUGCAGGCCGCAGGAUCUCCUUAUCCGAUAUGCCCCGCUCCCCCAUGAGUACAAACUCUUCUGUGCACACGGGUUCCGAUGUGGAGCAGGAUGCUGAGAAGAAGGCCACCUCGAGCCACUUCAGUGCCAGUGAGGAGUCCAUGGAUUUCCUGGACAAGAGCACAGCUUCACCAGCCUCUGCAAAGACGGGACAAGCAGGGAGUUUAUCCGGCAGCCCGAAAACUUUCUCUCCUCAAGCGUCAACACCCAUCACGACGAAAACGGACAAAACAUCCACCACUGGAAGCAUCCUGAAUCUUAACUUGGAUCGGAGCAAGGCCGAGAUGGACCUGAAGGAGCUGAGCGAGUCGGUCCAGCAGCAGACGGCGCCUGUUCCUCUCAUCUCGCCUAAGCGGCAGAUCCGCAGCAGGUUCCAGCUAAAUCUUGACAAGACCAUAGAGAGUUGCAAAGCACAAUUAGGCAUAAAUGAAAUCUCAGAAGAUGUUUACACGGCCGUAGAGCACAGCGAUUCGGAAGAUUCUGAGAAGUCUGAUAGUAGCGAUAGUGAGUAUAUCAGUGACGAUGAGCAGAAGUCCAAGAAUGAGCCAGAAGACGCCGAAGACAAAGAGGGUGGUCGGAUGGACAAAGAGCCGUCGGCUGUCAAAAAAAAGCCCAAACUGGCCAACCCUGUGGAGACUAAGGAGGAGCUGAAAAGCACAUCACCAGCCAGCGAGAAAGCUGAUCCGGGCUCGGUCAAGGAAAAGUCAAGCCCCCAGCCUGAGAAGGACUUUUCAGAAAAAGCGAAAGCCUCCCCUCAUCCCACAAAGGAUAAACUGAAGGGGAAAGAUGAGACCGAUUCCCCAACAGUACACUUGGGCCUGGACUCCGAUUCAGAAAGUGAACUUGUCAUAGAUUUAGGAGAAGACCAUUCUGGGCGGGAGGGUCGUAAAAAUAAGAAGGAACCCAAAGAAACAUCUCCCAAGCAGGAUGUUGUAGGUAAAGCUCCACCAUCCACCACAGCGGGCAACCAGUCCCCACCUGAAACUCCGCUCCUCACCCGUUCCUCCUCCCAAACUCCCACGGCUGGUGUCACGGCCACCACCAGCACCACGUCCACCGUCGCGGCCCCGGCCACCGCCGCCGCCACCGCCACUGCCGCUGCCGCCGCCACCACCACGGGAAGCCCGGUGAAAAAGCAGAGGCCGCUUUUACCGAAGGAGACUGCCCCGGCCGUGCAGCGGGUCGUGUGGAACUCGUCAAGUAAGUUUCAAACGUCUUCCCAAAAGUGGCACAUGCAGAAGAUACAGCGCCAGCAGCAGAACCAGCAGCAGAACCAGCAGCCUCAGUCUUCCCAGGGGACGAGAUAUCAGACCAGACAGGCUGUGAAAGCUGUGCAGCAGAAGGAGAUCACGCAGAGCCCAUCCACCUCUACCAUCACCCUGGUGACCAGCACUCAGUCGUCGCCCCUGGUCACCAGCUCAGGGUCCACGAGCACCCUUGCAUCCUCAGUCAGCGCAGACCUGCCCAUCGCCACCGCUUCUGCUGACGUCGCUGCAGACAUUGCCAAGUACACUAGCAAAAUGAUGGAUGCAAUAAAAGGAACGAUGACAGAGAUCUAUAAUGAUCUUUCUAAAAACACUACGGGAAGCACAAUAGCCGAGAUUCGCAGGCUGAGGAUCGAGAUAGACAAGCUGCAGUGGCUGCACCAGCAGGAGCUCUCUGAAAUGAAACACAACCUGGAGCUGACUAUGGCGGAGAUGCGGCAGAGCCUGGAGCAGGAGCGGGACCGGCUCAUUGCUGAGGUGAAGAAGCAGUUGGAGCUGGAGAAGCAGCAGGCGGUGGACGAGACCAAGAAGAAGCAGUGGUGCGCCAACUGCAAGAAGGAGGCCAUUUUCUACUGCUGCUGGAACACCAGCUAUUGUGAUUACCCCUGCCAGCAGGCUCACUGGCCCGAGCACAUGAAGUCCUGUACCCAGUCAGCUACGGCUCCUCAGCAGGAAGCAGAUGCCGAGGUGAGCGCAGAAACGCUAAACAAGUCAUCACAGGGGGGCUCUUCCAGCACACAGGCAGCCCCUCCAGAAACAGCCAGCACCUCGAAAGACAAGGAGACGUCGGCAGAGAAAAGCAAGGACAGCGGGUCGACCCUCGACCUUUCUGGCUCCAGGGAGACGCCCUCCUCCAUUCUCUUAGGCUCCAACCAAGGCUCUGACCACUCCCGGAGCAGUAAGUCUAGUUGCUGGAGCAGCAGUGACGAGAAGCGAGGACCCGCACGCUCCGAGCACAACACCAGUUCCAGUUCGAAGAGUCUCCUCCCGAAAGAGUCUCGGCUGGACACCUUCUGGGACUAGGGACAAGUCACGACACAAGCCACCCACGCCGUGGAGGAAAAAAAAACCAGACACCAGGGCAAUAGGAAGCAGCAAAGAAACGUGAGACUGGAGAGCAGCCUCCUUCAGACUGGAGAGCACCAGGCGCGCGGACUUGGCCUUCGCCUUUGGCACAGAGGGCAGCCUACACUACAUAGCGUCCUGCAUUGGCAUCGACUGAGGACUGUUGGACCCACACGAAACCUAUGCUUUAGGUGUAAAUGAUGUACAAUUUGUGGAUGUCCUUGAACCUAGAAUACCUUCCCCUUUUUAUAUUUGUAUUGACUUUAACUUAUAAAAAAAAAAGAAAAAGAAAAAGCAUUAGAAAAAAAUAAACCCAGUAACGAAAAGAAUGUUUGGACGCUGGAGGAGGGCUGGUCGGUCGGCCCCUCUGUCACGGCGGCAUGGAGCCCGGGCCCUGGGGUCGCUGUGGUACACAGGCCUCAUCCGUGCACGCUGCGGGGGGAUGCGACCCAUUGGUGUUCGGGCGUCUUUACGCAGCACAUCGGGACCAGGAGUUGUGGGUACAUCCCAUGGAGCCAUCGGCCCCUUUCAGAUACUACGUUCCUAUGUUAUACAAUGCAAGCUCUCUGGACCGGAAGGCCACCUGGAGAAGCUAGUUUAUUUUGUGUGGUUUCAGUGAUGACUACUCCUAAAAGGGAAGAAAAAAGGCCCUUGUUUCCAGAAGACGGAAACAAGUCCCGCUCAGCUCCACCGCAGGAGAGGACAGAGGAAGCUUGAAGAGUCAUAAGCUCUGAAACAAAGAGAAAUCUUUUCUUUGCUUUGUGGUUCCUUUUAAACACACUCACACAUACUUGGUAAGCAAUGCCGUGCUUCUUGGAAGCGAGCACUCAAAGGCAAGAUGCACGCAGAGGACAUUUGAGUCUGGGAUGAAGCAUGUAUGUAUUAUUUAUACGAUGGAAUUUUACGUUUUUAUGUAAGCAUGAAACAGAGGCAGUGUGAGAGAAAGCAAGACACCGGCCGUGCUGUCACAGUACGCGCACUGUAGUACCAUUUUGUAUGUUGUGUAAAACAAAAAGCAUUGAACAAAGCAAAAGGUGAUGUAUGUAUAUGAGAAAAUUAAUUGUACAAUAUCAUUCCAGUACAUUCUGUUGUACAUUUUAGUCCUGUUUACUUUCUCUUCAUUGUUGAUAAGAGGAUGCGAACCGUGUACAGUUUCCAGCUAGUUACCCAUAUUAGAGAAGAACUACGCAGAGAGAGUAUUAGAAGAAAAAGAGAGAAAGAACAUUUGUGAAUUGCAGUUGUCAAAAAAAAAAAAAAAUAGCCUAGCUGGCCUUAUUUGUGAAGCAUAAUUGCUUUUAGCAUAUGGAAGUAUUUUUUCACAUUUUCUUUGUAUAAAAUUUGUAUUAAACUUAAAUAUCUUUUUUGA